AUCUUAUCCCUCUCCAUUAGGGGAAUUUUGUGUUGCUUUUAUUUUGAAGCCUGUCACCGCAGCUUACUCGGAGUUUAACCGAUGCGCGCAGAAACGAAACCUACGGUAACUGUUGCAGGCUCAUCAAUAUGUGAGCAGAGAGCGGUGUAUGUGGUGUGUGUUCAGUUGAAAAAUAUUCCAUGUUCCGUUUUCUGCAUCAGCAGAGACCUGUUGGUGGUCUCCGCUGUCAUAAGUCCCCGUUCGCUUCCUCCUACCACAGUCAUACUGCGCUCAUACAACUGAUCAGUCCUCCGGCUGGAGCUUCUGCGCAAACCUGGGCAACAGUUUACUCACUGAUGGCAGGGCUCACACCGAUGCUCACUUUCCUUUGUGUUGCAGGAUGUCACCUGUGUUCAGCCUCACCUGUUCUCCACUCUGCCCAGGUGGUCCAGGCGGGGCAGAACGUCUCACUGACCUGUAACCUGACGUCCAGCAUGGAGGUGACCUGGUACCUGCUGCGGUCAGACAAGCUGCUGCCUCUGCUCACUGUUUCAUCAGGGAAAAUAGGGGGAGAUGAAGUCAUGUUUCACACUGCAGACAGUCGCUUCAAGAGCAGCGGAGCUCUGGAGAGAGGCCCGGUCAGCCUGGAAAUCCUGGGGGUGGAGGAGCAGGAUGCCGGACUGUACUUCUGCAUCUGGCGGUGUCCAGGCUAUUCUUGUGUUAACAGAGGAAUUUAUCUGAUGAUGAAUGACAAGGCGACAGCCAGAGACGAAAUGAGGCAGCCUUGUUUCACUUUGGUAAUCUGUUUUCUCCCGGCGCUACUCACCCUCUGCUUCGUCAUCAUCUUCGGAAUCUACCUGUGCUCAGGUAAACCAGCUGUUUGCUGCUGUAAGUCAUGGAGAAGGGGCUCCAGUGCCAGGGUCACAGAGGAAGUGGCUUUGCAUUAUUCCAGUCUGCGGCAUGCCGACAAGCCCCGCCCCUCUGGACGAGGAGGGAUACGAUUGGUCGAAGAGGAUGUCAUAUACUCCACUGUGACCAUUCACAACAAUCCGAAAGGGUCACAUGACCACAGAUAGCCCAGACUGUUGUUGUAGUAAUGUCACCACCUGCUGGUGAGAAAGUUCCUUUCUCUGGCCCCUUUUAUCAUUCAGUUUCUUUGUUUUAUCUAAACAUGUAGAUCUAAAGACUGCAGUUCUUAAUAUGCUAGAGAAGUAAAGCCACACAUUUAUGUACAUUUUGUAUUAUAUUCUACUGAAAUUGUUCAUGUGCUGAAGAAAAAAAUCUCUGUACUCUCUGUAAAUAUAUUUUUCAUUUAACUCCGAUUUUUAAAGUGAUUUCACUGAUCUGUUUCCAUAAGAUCCAGUAAACUGUGUGACUGCUGUAGAAACGGUGCUGUUACUUUACUUUUGCUGCCUAACAAUCCAACAUGAAUGUAAAAUGUCAGGGUAACACUGUCACUGCUAUCAAAACGUCUGCUGUUUAUGUAGCGUCCACCAUUUUAUUAGCACUUCUCUGUGUUGUGUUCUCUGUCACCUGCUACAGUUUCUUUCUUUUGUUUUUAAGAAAUUGAUUUUGAUAUAUUAAAGUAAUAAACACAAUAAUGCAUCAAUAAUAAUAAUGCAAUAAUGUGAACUGUGCCU